CAGACUCCCUCUUGGAUGCAUGGUUCUGUGCUUAUUUUUGCCUUUUUCUCCCUGUCACAAUCAAGGUCUGGGAUGGCAGGAGAAAGGUUUUAAAUACAGAUGCUUUUACAUCAUGUUGAAGCCCUUGAAAUUCUUCUUCAAGGUCUAUGUGGUGUUCAUAGAGAACGUUUAAGGAUCCAUGAAAUGUGCUUAAAAAGUGGACCAAACCUAGGACUUGUAGCUUCAGAGGUUCGACUUUUAUGCGAUCUUGAGCAGCCUGAACCCGCUUGGACUGUUAAACAUGUGGGGGGUGCAAUGAGAGGUGCCGGCGCUGAACAAAUUUCUGUCCUGGUGAGGACCAUGGUAGAAAGCAAAGCAAGCAAGAAUGUGCUCCGCGUGUUUUAUGCACUUGGCUAUAAGUUAGAUCAUGAACUGCUAAGAGUGGGAUUUGCCUUCCAUUUUCAAAGAGGAGCUCAGAUUACCAUUACAGUGUCCUCAGUUAAUAAGAUGCUCAAACUGCAUGCAACCGAUGAGGCAGUGCCUGUGACCCCAGGCAUUCAACUGGUUGAAGUGACAGCCCCUGCAUCAUCUGAAAACUACACUGAAGUUGUUGCUGCAAUGUCAUCUUUCUGUGAAUAUCUUGCACCGUAAGGGCUGAAAUUUUUAAUGUUUUAUUGCCGAUUAGUGUA